AUUCUCUAUGGCUUUCAAGUUACUGUUUUCAUCCAUCUUCACACUGCUAUGGCUGCACUGGAUUCAGGUUCCAGAAGUGGGCAAUUCGUUUUCAUCCAGAAUGUGCCAUCGGUUCGACAACAUUGAGCUACAAGAUCUUUACAGUUUUGUCACACUCAACUCAAUGGUGGACAAGUGGCUCAACGUUGUUUCGCUGGUCGUUUCCGACCAGAAACCGAUGGGAGUCGGUAAAACCUUUACGGUAUUUGUAGAUCUGCACACCGCAGUUAUUUUCAAUGUGACCGACCACAUUCCGGGGCACUAUAUUGCGCUCGAAUCGGAGUCAUCCAUAAAUCUACUUCGGCCGCGGUUGGAAUUAUGGUUCUUUGCCAAUACCAUCAUCAGCAGCACUCAUAAUAAUAAUAAUCGGAAACGACCACCACACCGCAAUCGAUUCGGCGACGACGACCCCAGCAUCACCACUUCAAAAGAUUUCGCCGAUUUGCCACCCACAGGGACCUCGACGGGCUGCCAAAUAAGCGAAGAUCCGGAUCAGGCAGCGGAACCAGGAGGGAUUUCUCACUCCAACGCGCAGAUGGCGACGAAGACGACGUCUGAAUCAUCCCCGGCCAAUUGGAAACCGAGGACUCCAACCGCCAAUGACGGCGACGCUGAGGGCACCAAUGAUGUAGUUGGUGGUCGAAAUCAUCCCCCCAUUCCAGCUUCAUCGUUAUCCACUUCUGGUGGACCACAGGCCCCUGAAUAUCAAGGUCCAUCGACUGAUGGCGGCGUUGAUGAUGAUCAGGUUCCGAACUUUGGCAACAACGACGACUGUGAGGACGAUGGCACGAUGGCCGCAAAUGUCAUUAGUGGCAGCAGCACUGCGGACCUCGACUCGGAUAAUCAUCAGCAUCGUAGUCAAUGGUGCACGAUGAGCCCGGAUUUUGGCAAUGGAUGCAGUAGGAAAAGUAGCAGCCUGGAGGUGAAAUUUUAUUUCCGGCAUAAUUCAUUUUUAUUUCAGCACACGUUGGGGUCGCUGUUUCGCCACAUUCUGGAGCGCCCUUUGCGGAAAUCUUUGCGGCGAUUGGAGCGUAUUUUGAAUGAGCUGCAAGCUCAUCAAGUGUUUUGAAUGGAAUAAAAUAAAUCCCUACUCAUUGGAA